AUUUCGAAUGCUAAGAAUCAUCAUCUCAGUAUUACAACCACCGAAUAACGAGUGCAACGUUCAAAAAUUCAGAGCAAAUCCACCGUUCAAGUAACCAAUCGCGCAAAUAAUAUGUUUACGUAACAAAAUCAUCUCUCAUAACAUUCGAACGUUGUAAGUGAUUGAGUUAGUACAAUUGUCCAUAUCAGAACUAAACAAAUGAUCCCAAUGAUGUUUAAUCGGGCGCGUGUGUUCCUAAAUCGAUACCCCGUCGCCCGUGGCAUGGUAACAUACAGUUUACUGUGGCCUACCGGAUGCCUUAUUCAGCAGUCGGUCACUGGAACCAAAUGGAGAGACUUGGACUGGAAGAAAUGCUUCAGAUUUUUCGUGUACGGCGGUUUCAUCGUUGCACCCAGUCUCUACUGCUGGAUAAGGCUAGCGUCCAUGAUGUGGCCAGCGCAGACCCUUAGAUCUGCAAUAGCAAAGGCUCUCACAGAACAAAUCAGCUACACGCCGUUGGCCAUGACAUGUUUCUACUUCGGAAUGAGUCUACUGGAAUCGAAAACAGUCGAAGAAUCGUUCCAGGAAGUUAAAGCUAAAGUCCCACCAACGUACAAGGUGGCUAUAUGUAUCUGGCCAGUGCUACAAACUUUCAAUUUUUCAGUCGUUCCCGAGAAAAAUCGUGUUCCUUUUGUAAGUAUGUGCAGUCUUUUGUGGACGAUUUUUCUCGCAUAUAUGAAGCAGUUAGAACUUGAAAAAUUGCAGCAAGGUAAUUCUUUGAUCGCAAAAUGAAGAAUACGUUUUGUACAUGCUUUCGGAACAAAUAAAAGUAUUAAAAGUUUUUAAAACUACGAUCAGUAAAUCAAGACUU